UCGCGAGUCAUGGCGACCACAGCAUCUAAUCAUUACAUUACGAGCGGCAACAUCCUCACCUCCAACUCCAUCGUGCACGCCGAGCCGGGGAGCAUGCAACAAGGCACAGCCUACAGGGAUGCACAAAAACUGGUCCAGAACGAUUACAUGCAGAGCAACGGGCACCCUCUCAGCCAUGCUCAUCAAUGGUUAACGGCGCUCUCGCACGCCGAGGGAUCCCCGUGGUCGGCCGGCGUGGCGGCCAGUCCGCUCGGCCAGCAAGACAUCAAACCCGCGGUGCAGUCGGGGAGGGACGAACUCCACAGCGGGGGCACCUUGCACCACCGGCCGCCUCAUAUGGUGCACCAGCAUGGGAACCACCACGGAGCGUGGGGCAACACAACUUCAGCUCACAUCCCCAGCAUGGCAUCCAACGGGCAGAGCCUCAUCUACUCGCAGCCGGGCUUCACGGUCAACGGCAUGAUCAACCCGGCUUCGACUCAAGGUAUGCACCACGGCUUGAGGGAAGGCCACGACGACCACCACCACGGCGACCACAGCCAACACCACCAGCAGCACCCGCCGCCGCACCACCACCACCCGCACCAGCACCAGGGUCACGAGCACUCGGACGAGGACACUCCUACCUCGGACGACCUGGAACAGUUCGCCAAGCAGUUCAAGCAGAGGCGGAUCAAGCUCGGAUUUACCCAGGCCGACGUGGGACUCGCUCUUGGGACGCUGUACGGCAAUGUCUUCUCGCAGACUACCAUCUGCAGGUUUGAGGCGCUCCAGUUAAGCUUUAAAAACAUGUGCAAACUCAAACCGUUGUUGAACAAGUGGCUGGAGGAGGCCGAUUCGUCGUCCGGGAGCCCCACCAGCAUAGACAAGAUCGCUGCCCAGGGCAGGAAGAGGAAAAAGCGGACCUCUAUAGAGGUGAGCGUCAAGGGGGCCCUGGAAAGUCAUUUUUUGAAGUGCCCAAAGCCCUCGGCCCAGGAGAUCUCCACUCUGGCGGACAGUCUGCAGCUGGAGAAGGAGGUGGUUAGGGUUUGGUUUUGUAACAGAAGACAAAAAGAGAAACGGAUGACUCCUCCUGGAGGAGCCCACCCCGGAGCCGAGGAUGUAUAUGGGUCCAGGGACACCCCGCCGUCACAUCACGGAGUUCAGACUUCUGUACAGUGAAUGCGCUCCCCCACACGCUCUCUGUUCAUUUAAUUUGUUCUUUUCUUAAACGAACAGUUUAAAACACCGGACUAUCGUUGCGGUAGAACAUGUUAAUGAUGUGGUUUUGACCUAUACAGACGGAGCUGGCGGGCAAAUGGAGUGAGUAUAUAAAUAAUAACAGAGGCACUGAUUAUACAUACCGUUAGAAAGCUGUGGGGAGAGGCACUGACUGUCCAGGAUAGAGCAGAGCGGCGCCCGGAAAAAGGCUGCUGGCAUUGUUAAUGUGUCAGGUAGAAGAGGGUUGUGUGUGUGUGUGUGUGUGUGUGUGUGUGUGUGUGUGUGUGUGUGUGUGUGUAAGCAAGCCAGAGGGAGAUUUGGCCACAGGAGCUGCAGUUUUGAUUGUUACACGAAAAGCUAAAAGGGGCAAGGAAAUUCCAAUACACUGCUCUCCGGACUAGCCACCAUUUGCGGGGUUUGUUUCAAAGAAAAUCCCGACCGAGUGGGAGACAUUUCUCCGAGGCGCUGAAUUGUACAAGACAAGAGGCAGUGUAUGUGAGCAGAGAAUAGGCUGUGUCAGUCAAGCGGAGAGGGACCUCAGCUCAAACGAUACAGUUCUCGCUGGGAACUGAAGUUGGGAGCUGCGAAAUUGCAAACAGAACAAAUCCACAUAAACACAAAGAAGUAAAUAAAUAAACUAUAAAUCGAUACAUUUCAGGCGCUAUAAAGUAUUACAGAUCACGACUCAAAGUUUUACCCCCCAUGUUUAAUAAAAACUAAUUCCGGUGGCAAGAAACACAAUACAUUUGAUAGGAGAGGACGAUUACAAAUAUGCUAGCUAGCGUCUUCACGCCUUGAAUUAGCACUGUACUAUAAUGAAAUAAUAAAAUUGCAGAGUCAAAAUGUUGUAGUUUCUGCCACAUUUUUUUCGAAAAAAUAUAUUGCAGUAUAAAACAUUGUACUUAUUAAAUGUGCGUCUACAAUCUUAACAUAAAAGCAAUCCCCAGUCGGAUAAAAUGAAACAAAAAAAACCUUUAAAACAUAUCAGUAUAUUGCGCUUUCUUACAAAGAACAUAUCCAAACAUUCAAAAUUCUAGAAAAGGUGUGUACAUAUUUGAGAUAUUUUGAUGUGGUGAUAUGAUUGUAAUUUAACCGCAGUUAUAGCGAUUCCUAAAGACAAUAAAAUUUAGUAAGGUGUUAGAGAACAUUUAAAAAUAUAUUUAAGAAGAACGCCGGGUCAGAUAGGUUGGUACAGACAGAAGUAACCCUGAGACACGAACUAAAUUCUGUGUCGGUUCGUUUAGUAAAACGCAGUGAAAGUGGAAGACUUUGUUAGAACCUUUUCUCCCAGGUUUAUGGAGAGCGGUUAUCAUGCACAUCUUAUACCACUAUGUAAAUAUGUUACAUAAAUUUGUCUUUUGAAUUGAAGAAGAUAAACAUAAUCUGAAUGAUUUUUUCCUUGUAUACAUUUUUCCAUAAUGCUGCCCAGGGAAUUUUACUAUCAUUUUCACGUGGCCUGCCUCAAUGUAUUUAUUUCUUUUAAAGAAGUUCUGAAAACUGUUUCUUCUGUAGUUUUAAUUGAUUAGAUGUUAUAUGUGGGAUGUAAAAUUUUCGUUAUGCUCCCCCCCCCCGUUUCUCUUUGAAAGAUUGUUUUUGGUACCUUUCAAUGUGUCUUGUGCAGAUAAAAGAAGAAAA